GAAUGCCCCGCCAGCAGCCGAAGAGUCCAAGGCCACAACAAGUGCCCCAGCGGGCAGCAGUGCCACAACUAAGGCUACAACUGGUGAGAUUCGUUCCAAGGCAGCUGGAGCAAGCAAGAAGAAACCCAAGCGGAAUUCCAAGCAGAAUUCUAAGAAGGCCCGCCGCAACACAACGACCCGCAAAGCGUCAAAGAACAAGCACACGCGCAAGAACAAAGAAGUGCAGAAGAAAAAGAAAACAAAGGCAGGCGCCAAGAAAGUGGCUCAGGCCAACCAGGCUAGCAAUGCUUCCAAGGCCAAUGCAUUGGAUGAUGAAAUGCGUGGACGUGAGCCAGCCCCCCCAGCGCCCCCAGAUGCAAAGCCUGACUCUGACACCAACAGGGUUAAUGCUGAGGAGGCUAACGCUUCAAGGCCUGCUACCCGCAAGCGCACGAAGUCCAAGGAUCCGGACAGGGCGAAGAGCCCACCGCCGCCAACCCCAGAGCAGCUGUACCAGACAGUUGUUGACAACUUGCAGCGCUGCAACACGUCGGACCUUGAAUCUAUCGCUGCGCUCCUGGGCGGGAAUGCGCCACCUGUUCCUGCUGUGCCUGCUUCCCUCUCAGCCCCCAGCGUCAAAGGAGAGUCGACGCCUGAGGAGAUCCAGAAGAUGGGUCAUGUUGCGAAGGGAUGCCACCAGAAGCUUGAGGUACUACGUGAGCAGUGGGAGGCAUGCCAAGGAGAGUGGAGGAAGAGCCAACUGUUCGUUAGCAUUAGCAAGUCCUCUGCUCUGCGGCAUCGGGGAAAGCGUGCCUGGCUUACACGAGCCGACCUGGUGCGCAAGUAUGGGUCGGAAGAAGUAGCUGACCGCAUUAUCAAGAACAAGCUCUCCAACGAGGAGACAAAGGCUACUCAAACAAAACCACACCCAGACGACCCUGACAACGAGGCCCUCACCCUCUACCUCGUGUGGGACAGUGAAUCGGAAACAACGGAAGAGGAUGUGGUGAUGGAGCAGCUUUUCAGAGCUGUGGAUGAUGUUGAUUCUGACUCAGAUGAUGACAAAGCUGACAAGAAGAAGAAAUCGAAGUCUAAGAAGGGCAAGAAGCGAAAGGCCAGCUCUUCCUCUGGCGAGGCUGGAUCUAAGGACACAUCCGCAAGCAGUAGCUCUGAGAAGAGGAGCAAGAAGAAAAAGAAGGAUAAGAAGGGUUCCCGCAAAGGCAAGAAGGAGACAAAAGAUCAAAAAAGGAAGCGGCUUGAGAAGGAGCAGGAAGCUGCCAAGAAGGAAGAGGAGCGUCAGCUUGAUAAGCAGUUGAGAGAAGCAAUUGCGAAAGCAAAGAAGGCCCUCGGUGCGAUGAAUGACGCGAUCCGCAAGGCCAAGGACAAAGAGAAGAAGAUCCAGCAGCUGUCUCCCGACAUCCGCAGCGCCAUCGAGCCCAAGCUGGAGAAGGCGCUGGAGAUGAUGACCGAAGAGCGUGAUAACUUGCAGGCGAGCCUUGACAACCAGGAGGACGUUGGAUCUUUGGAGAAGGCGAUGCAAGCUGCGGAUUCGGGCAAGGCACUUCAUAUUGUCUUCCUCACGUUGACCAAUCCUUUUGAAGUAGCCUUGGAUGUGCAAGCCCUAGUUCCCGUUAUUUUGCAGGCCGAGAAGAAGUACAGCAACAGCGAGCUCGAUUGCAAGGGUGAUGCGCGACAUCCGAGCUCACGUAGCAGAGCCUUGGCUCAUAAUGAUUCUGAUGUUAUCUCUGAAGAUGUGAGGCGGCUUGGUACAUAUGCCGAGUGCAAUGGCCCUCGUAAUUUCUGGAAGGCCCUCCGUGUUCCUGUGGAACCAGUUGACAUUCGCUUGCCUGUGUGCACAUCGGAUGGAAGGUACGAGGUUCAAAAAUGGCCCAUUUUGGACGUGCACAGUGUGAUUGAUUACCUUUGGAAUGAUUUGGGUCUGCGUAUACCAAUGCAUCACGUUGAGGAAUUCUGGAGACACUCCCGAGAAUACAAGCAACCAUGGGCUUUGGAGCAUGAAGCAACUGAACGCCACAUUCCACUUGGUUUAUAUGGGGACUCAGCCAAGAUCACAACCGCAUUUAAUUCUGACAAGAUGUUGGGUGUCUUCUUCAAUCUUCCGCUGUGGCGACCCCGCUCCAUUAGGCGAUCGCGUUUCCUUAUAUUCGCUAUAGAGGAAUCCAAACUUUGGGGCCACCACACCCUUACCGCUGUUCUGUCCCGCAUUACGUGGAGUGUCAACCUUCUCUUUGAUGGGCUGCGCCCAUUUGUAGACCCAGCUGGCCACGCGCUUCCCAAGCAGGAGCUUUAUGGAGGUUACAUAUGCAAGGACAAAACGGUUUUUGCUGUUACUGAGAUCCGAGGGGACCAACUAUGGCAGAAGCAGGUUUUCAGAUUCACAGCGUCAUGGAUAUGGACGUCUGCUCGCGUGUGCCAUGCUUGUGACUGUCGUGCGCAUGGGCCAGACAGUCAACAUCGCCUGUACUGGGAUUUUGAUGCCUGGUUGCCCUACGAGUUUAGCAAUGCUCAAUUUCUUGCAAGGCGCAUGCCCUCUCGAUUCCUUUGA